AUGUCUUAUAGGGAUUACUUAGUAUUGUCUUCGUAUUUAUGUUUAAAUUGUAAUCUAUCUAUCUAUCUAUCUAUCUAUCUAUACAUUAAAGAAGAUAUGUAUUUAUUCCCUUCCUCUCUCUCUCUCUCUCUAUCUCUCUAUCUAUCUAUCUAUCUAUAUAUAUAUAUAUAUAUAUAUAUAUAUAUGUUUGUUCAUAUCUUAGCUAUUUCGUUUUCCUCGCUCUUAUUUUCUCUGUUCAUAUCUAUCUAUCUAUCUAUCUAUCUAUCUAUCUAUCUAUCUAUCUAUCUAUCUAUCUAUCUGUCCACAUCUUCUUUAUUCCCCACCUCUCUCUACCCUGCUUCUGUUUCUAUCUAUCUAUCAAUCUAUCUAUCUAUCUGUCUAUCUAUCUGUCUAUCUAUCUGCCUGUCUGUCCAUAUCUUCUUUAUUCCCCACCUCUCUCUACUCCUCUUCUGUUCAUAUCUAUCUAUCUAUCUAUCUAUCUAUCCAUAUCUUCUUUAUUCUCUCUCUCUUUCCUAUCACCCCCUCUCUCUCUCUCUCUCUCUCUAUAUAUAUAUAUAUAUAUAUAUAUAUAUAUAUAUAUAUAUAUAUCAGUCCAUAUCUACCUAUUUCUUUUUAUUCUCUGAUUUUUCUCAGUCUGUUCAUAUCUAUCUAUCUAUCUAUCUAUCUAUCUAUCUAUCUAUCUAUCCAUAUCCUCACCUGCUAUCCUUUUCCGUCUCACCUGUUAUCCUCUUCAGCCUCAUCUGCUGUCCUAUAUCUGCAUCACCUGCUAUCCUCUUCUGCUUCAUCUGCUGUCUUAUUUCCACCUCAUCUGCUAUCCUCUUCUGCCUCAUCUGCUGUCCUAUUUCUGCAUCACCGGCUAUCCGUUUCCGCCUCACCUUCUCUCCUCUUCCGCCUCACUUGCUAUACUCUUUCGGCUCGCCUGCUAUAUCCUCUACCGCCUCACCUGCUAUCCUCUUCCGCGUCACCUGCUAUCCUCUACCGCCUCACCUGUUAUCCUCUUCCGCCUCACCUGCUAUCCCCUUCCUCCUCACCUACUAUCCUCUACCGCCUCACCUGUUAUCCUCUUCCGCCGCACUUGCUAUCCUCUUCCGCCUCACUUGA